AUGUGCGAACGAGCCUUGACCAAGCUCAUCAGUCGUAACACGACCAUCCCAACAAAGAAGUCCCAGGUCUUCUCAACUGCUGCUGAUGGCCAGACGACCAUCGAGGUUAAAAUCUACCAGGGCGAGCGUGAGCUUGUCAGGGACAACAAAAUUCUUGGCAACUUCAAGCUUGUUGGCAUUCCCCCUGCUCCCAAGGGUGUUCCUCAAAUCGAGAUCACCUUCGACAUCGAUGCUGACGGUAUUGUCAAUGUACCUGCCAAGGACAAGGCUACCAACAAGGACCAGUCUAUGACUAUCGCCUCGUCUUCGUUCGCCGAAUCCGACAAGGCUCGUCGUGAUCUCAUUGAGGAAAGCAAUAAAGGCGAGUCCGUCUGCUCUGACACCGAGAAAGCCAUGAAUGAGUUCAAGGACCCGCUCGACGCCACCGAAAAGGAGAAGGUGACCAAGCUUGUUACUGAGCUCCGCGAACUUGCUGCUAAGGGUCAGCCUGGCGAUGGCGCUGUUACCUCUGAGCAGAUCCGGGAGAAGAUCAACGAGACUCGUUGA